AAUAAACCCAUUUGGAUGCAUGCGGAAGAAAGAGAAGAGUGCAAGGGAAAGCAGAAGGACGGGACGUCUUUUGGGGAGUAUGGUGGCUGGUACAAAGCCUGCAAAGUUGAUAGUCCAACAGUCACAACGACUUUAAAAAACCUUGGCGCACUUUAUCGUCGUCAAGGGAAAUUUGAAGCUGCAGAAACAUUAGAAGAAGCUGCCAUGAGGUCACGUAAACAGGGUCUUGACACUGUUCACAAACAGAGAGUGGCUGAAGUGCUAAAUGACCCUGAAAACAUGGAGAAGCGGAGGAGCCGGGAGAGCCUCAAUGUGGACGUGGUCAAGUACGAGAGUGGCCCUGACGGAGGGGAGGAAGUGAGUAUGAGCGUAGAAUGGAAUGGGAUGAGAAAGAUGAAGCUCGGGCUGGUUAAAUGACUUGCUCAGCGUCCAUGGAUGGCACUGGAUCUUUAAAACGCAGUGGUUCCUUUAGCAAACUCCGGGCUUCCAUUAGACGCAGCAGUGAGAAGCUGGUUAGGAAAC